UUGGCGUGGCUUGCUUCUUCUCCACAGAGCAUCAGCUAUGCACAGAUGUGGCCUUCUCACAUUCUUUAAGGAGCCAGUGCCUUUGAAAAGCAUUUCUGUGGACAUCCUUGUCCGCGGUUUCGUGGCUGACAUAGUGUCUGAACUCCAGUACCAGAAUGAGGAAAAGAACCCAGUGGAGGCCACCUUUGUCUUCCCUCUGGAUGAUGAGGCUGCAGUAUAUGCCUUUGAGGGUCUGAUCGGUGGGACACGGAUUGAGGCCCAGAUCCGAGAGAAGAAGCAGGCAGAGCAAGAAUACAAGGAUGCCCUGAGCGAAGGCCGUCAGGCUUUCCUGCUUGAGAGAGAAGAAAACACCAGUGACAUUUUCACAUGCAGCCUGGGCAACCUUCCUCCUGGUGGGGAGGCCACACUGAAACUGCGCUAUGUUCAAGCACUAUCUGUGGAACCGGAUGGUGCCGUCCGUUUUGUCCUGCCCGCUGUCCUGAACCCCCGCUAUGUUCCUGCAGGCUCAGAAGGGGGCACUGUUUCCCAGAGGAUACCACGAGUGCCCACAGGAGCUCUGCCCUACACACUCAGCCUCAUUGCCAGGGUGGAGUCCCCCUACGGCAUCAACCGCAUGGACUCAAACUGCAGUCUUCUGCAGAAUAUGACAGAGGACCACAGUGCUGCCCAGGUCUCCUUGGCUAAAGGGCACCAGUUUGACCACGAUGUGGAACUGCUGAUAUAUUAUGAAGAUGUUCACAAGACCAGUGCCAUUUUAGAGGCUGGGAAGUCUGGAGCUACCCCAGGUUCUCUGAUGGGGGACCCGGCCCUUCUGCUAACCCUAUACCCCAACAUUCCCACUGUCAAGCCAGGUCAGAGUGUUGCUGGAGAGUUCAUCUUCCUGCUGGAUCGCUCUGGCAGCAUGGAUACCACCAUGGAUAACAAUUAUGGCUCACCCUCACGCAUCAAGAUUGCUAAGGAGACCUUGAUUUUCUUGCUAAAGAGCCUCCCUCUGGGAUGUUACUUCAACAUCUAUGGCUUUGGCUCUACUUUUGACUCACUUUACCCGCAGAGUGUGGAGUACACCCAGCAGACCAUGAACACAUCUGUCCAACGUGUGAAGGAGCUGACAUCUGACUUGGGAGGCACAGAGAUUUUAAGACCCCUGAAGGCCAUUUACAGCCAGCCAUGCCUUGAAGGACGUCCUCGACAGCUCUUUGUUUUCACCGACGGAGAGGUGUCCAAUACGAACGAGGCCAUUGCUGAAGUUCGACUUCACAGUAGCUCCCACAGGUGCUUCUCCUUUGGCAUUGGGGAAGGGGCCUCCACAGCUCUCAUCAAAGGCACUGCUCGAGCUGCUGGAGGCAGUGCUGAAUUCAUCAUUGGCAAGGAACGCAUGCAGGCCAAGGCUUUGCAGAGUCUGAAGAAGGCCCUUCAGCCAGCAGUGACGGGGAUCUCUCUGAGCUGGGAGUUGCCUCCUGGCCUCGAGGCCACCCUGGUGGGGUCAGGACCUCAGGUCAUUUUCCAAGGGCAGUGCUGCCUCAUCUACGCCCAGGUCCGUGGGCAACUUCAGGCAAGUGAUCCACCUGAGGGGACAGCAGUUGUUCGGUAUAAUUUCCAAAACGAGACUCCCACAGAAACGACAAAGUUCUCACUCCAUCUUGAGGAGACAGACAGGCUCCCUGUUCACCGUCUUGCAGCUCAGGCACUGUUGCAGGAACUAGAGGAGGCCAAGGAGGAGGUGGAGGAAAAGCAGCGCCUGGCACUAGAGACAAGCCUGAGCUCCGGGGUGGUGUGUUCCCAGACAGCCUACGUGGGUGUGAACACGGAGCUGGGCAAGCCGGUCCAAGGGCCCCUCCUCCACAGAGACGUCCCCCUUCCGGGUGAGUUGUGAGCAAAAGAGGGCGGACCAGUCCCAGGCCCCAAGUGGCCGUUGAAUCAAACAGGGGUCUGAUUUGCAGCUGAGCCUCUCCAGGUAGUCUGGAGUCUUGCCUGGAGGAGCUUCAGUUGAAAAGCCAUUGCUCCCUGGACUUCAGCUGUC